AUGGCGGAACCAAGCAUAUGCAAGCACACCUUCACCAUCAUCAAGUCCAGCACCACCCUUCUGCUUUGGAGAUGCGGUCAGUGCCAGUCCGGGCCGCACUGGUACAUCUACCAGUGCACACUGUGCAGCGCAAAGGCCUGCAAGCGGUGCUCCGAGAAGCGGGCGUAG